CAUCUGCUUGCCCGUUCAGCGCCUGCCACGAUUGGAAAAGACUCAAAGCCUUGGGUGCUCCGCUGCUCGGCUUCCAUCCGUCGCAUUCUCUCCUCUCUCUCCUCCUCCCCUCUUCCUGCCUUGACAAACACACCCCUCUGUCAACCCAGCUCGGCUGGUUAUCUACCUCUCGCUAUCACGAAUCCUCUUGACAACCGUCUAGUCUCGGACACACGAUCACGAAUCAUUAUCCACCCGCUACUGGAAGGGAAUCCGCAUCUCGACCUCGACAGCAUCGCCAUGACGUUGAGUGACAUCUAGAAGCUCAACGAUCCGUCCCGGCCUUUCUCAUUUGACGUCCUAAGUUUGAUUGCUGCCAGCAAUCAAUUGAUAAUUGCUGUCCCGCAUUCCUCCUGUCCAACCCUUCCAAGCUGCUGCCGCCGUACAUCACAUCACGCUUGCUCGCUUGGAUUCCUCAGCAGGCGCUGCGGCCCUGAUUGCCAAAGUACUGUCUCACCACCCGACAAAUUCAAACUACCCAUCCAGCUCCAAAUUUGGCAGCUACUGUCUUUGGUCGUCAGCGGCCUGAAAGCUUCACGAGAAAUGGAUUCUUUCAUCGCCGUCGCUGGCUGGGCACAACACACCAGCCCUCAACCCGGCGGGAGACCUUUUGGCCACUUCAGAUCCCUCUCCACCAUGGCCCGAUCACCGUCCCCCAGCCCGAGGGCUACGAGAACUGCGAGUAGAGCACCGUCCGUUGCUGAUAUGUCCAUUCUGUCUUCUUCUGUUGCGUCUUCACCGGCGCUGCGGCCUACGACAAUAUCAUCUCCAGACGAUGACGGCGAACUCAGCACCUUGCCAGAUCCGCGCAGCCGAGCUAUGAGCCCUGCAAGCGAAGCCGAUACUGUCCAUCACCCCGAUUUAAACGACGAAGUUGCCACUUUGAGCGCCAAGUUAAUCAACGCUAUCAAUCAUCAGACGACUCUUGAUGACACACUCUCUGCUACGAGGCAGGAGUUGGAAAGAGCACGCGAAAAGAUAAAGCACUUGGAGGAGCAAACCGAAUCUCAACGGGAAAUGCUUGCUGGCGACAUUUGGAUUCGUCGGAAGACCGCAGAAGAUGAGAAGAAGACAAUUAUGCUCCGUGUUACGCAAGAGAAGAAGCUACGGGAGGACGCCGAGAAGGAGAAGAAAAGAAUCGAACAAGAACUGGAGAACCUGACCACGGCCUUGUUUGAAGAGGCCAACAACAUGGUCAUUUCUGCCAAGGAAGAGGCGCGACUGGAGCAGGAAGCCCUUCAGAAGAAAAACGAUCACCUCAGGUCUCAGCUGGGCGAUAUGGAGGCCUUGCUGACCUCGCAGCAACAGCAACUUGCUGAUCUCAAACACGUCAUGGAGCAAAUGACCGCUGGUAAAGAAGAUACUAUGACCGGAACUGCUCCCUCCUCGCCCGGCUUCAGCAAACUAGAUAUUAAAGACGACGAGGGCCCGGAGGGGUUUGUCGCCUCGCCUCCUGCGGACCCGACUACGCCGACUUAUCCUACGAGCUUGACACAUCUCAUCCAGCCAGUUCUCAGAACCGACUUGGGUGCAUAUGAGGAUUUUGUCAACCUCACACGUUUGUCUCGGAAUCGCGCGGGAAGCCGUGUUUCGUCCGGCUCGUUCAAUGGGCUUAACGGACUCGGCCUUGGUAUGGGGGGUAGCACUUCGAGCGCCCAUCCCUCCAACGCCUCAACUGCUUCUCUGUCUACCACCGGAACCCCUGCAACAUCGUCGCCACAGACACCCAACACCCCGGCCUCCGUCUCAAGCGCAGCUUCAUCCAAUUUGGGGCCGCCCCCACCGGCUCUCAAAGAAACAAAGUUUUUUAAACGUGUCUUGGCCGAGGAUGUCGAACCGACGCUCCGACUAGACAUUGCCCCGGGUCUUUCUUGGCUUGCGCGUCGCAGCGUUUUGAAUGCUAUGAGUGACGGCUCGAUUGUAGUCGAGCCAAUUCCUAUCAAUGCGCCGUUUGCAUCACUUGUCAAGCCACAAUUUUACUCUUGCUCUUUGUGUGGUGAUACCCGCAAAGACGAGGAGCACCUGCGAACUUACCGCUUCCGAACGAGCGAGUCCGACACAGCACAACGGUAUCCCCUUUGCAAGUAUUGCUUAGGCCGUGUGAGGUCUACUUGCGACUUCCUCAAUUUUCUACGCAUACUGAAAGACGGUCAUUGGCGAGCGGAUGAUGAGGACGCGGAGAAGGCAGCUUGGGAGGAGAGUGUUCGCCUGCGCGAGCGAAUGUUUUGGUCUCGCAUAGGCGGCGGUGUUAUCCCAGCUGGCCAUCCUGUCACUUCCUCGGAUAAGAGCCCAAGAAUCAGCCAAGAGAGUGCCUCUGUGGAUGCUGCACCAAAGACAGCCGCGACGGCAGUAGAAAGCUCCGGCGACGACGCCACUCCCUUUGCCACCCCUUCAGAGGAGACCGUGAUUCCGCUAGACCCGGUGGCCUCGCCGGCUCGGCCAGAAACACCUUGCCCCAGUCAUCGAAACUCGAUACAAUCUUUGUCACCUGGGAAUGAUGACAUUACAGCAAUGGAGAGAGACAGACAUCUCUCUAUCAACAUCCCCAUUACGCAGAAACAGCAGCCUAUGGUCCACACCUCCGAAUGAAGCAUGGCAAAAUGGCAGGUUUCAAUGGAGCAGAGCGUGUUUACGUACUCGAGUGGACUCAACUUAUCACACUAAAUACCUCAAAGUCCAUCUUCGUCACACAACAUACCCAACUAAUUUUCAAUACUGUAUUAAUUAUAUUGAACUGCCACAGAAGCGCGAAUGCUGGGGCUACUAAUGAUGGUAAAAGGGAGGGAGUAAGGCGGGCUGUAAAUCACAGAAAGUGACGUCUAGGAUGGGCCAAGGCAGAUAUCACGUUCUUUUUGUCUUGGGAACUGGCAACGGCGUUUUGGAGAACAAAAACUGUGUCAACUGCAAUAUACCUUUUUGACGGUUGCUAUCAAAGGAGCAAGUAGGUGGUCCACACCAGGCCCCCUUUGCUAGACAAACAUGGAAUGGGAAUGACGAGAGAAAGGCACUAGAUCAUUACCGUCUGGUAUUAAUGUUAAUGAUCAUGAUGUAUU